AUGGAAGCCACUACCACACAAACCCAGCCUCUGGCCGACCGCUCCACCAACACCCACCUGGGCAACGCCGGUGACAAGACCGAUCUCAAGGGCUCAUCAGACAUCUCCUCAAUGGAAUACCACCGCCAGGUGCUGCAGGGCAAAGUCGCCAGUGAGGAACAGCCCACCUCCUACGUCUCUCCCUCAGAUGAUAUCAUGAGCCCCUGCACAAAGAAGCUGAGCGAUAUCAAGGGCAAGCGGUUUAAGAAUGCCGGCAAGCCGCAGUCUCUGUUCGCUAAGCUCGGUAAGAAGAGCUACGAGCAAUCCUCAGCCGAGCAGGGCCGUGAAAAUUAG